AUGACGAUACGGUGCAAGAGGCUAUGCCGGUGCGUCAGAGUGACGCCUUGGACAACCCCUCAGAGCCCGAAGCAGUGCCGAUGUGACAGGCCCGACCAUUGGCCCAACCCAGAGCCGAUCAAACACACCACACCAAGCAGCAAAGACCCAUGCACAGAGUCAUUCUUAUCGGGCUCAACGCCGCAAGAGCUGGUCCCAUGGGAUCCGGAGCUCGAACUGUUCCAGUGGAACUUUGCUGGCAAAGAUCCCGAGUCGGACUGGCCCGCCUGGGUAGAGGCACAGCUCACUUGUGCCUGGAUGAACGAGGGCUGA